CUUUCGCCCCCAAAAGAUGUUCGAUCUGCCCUCAAAUUUGCGAUCAUCCUCUUCUUUACCUCGCAUUGUUCUACGAAGCCGACAUUUAGUCUUCCAGUAGUAAUGAGUAUUGCGCUGUAUGUCUCAGCUCAGCAAAGCUGUCAAUUGACGGGGAUUUAUCUGCGGAGUUCAGCUGUUCCAACGCCGCAGCCCCUGGUUGGACGCCUUCCGCUUCCCAAACGGCAGGAAAAUCAUUGUGCAAUCACCGCCCACUAACAAUGCUUAUACUGGCAUUACGGUUGCACAACGCAAAGCCAAUAUUGCGAGUGCUAUACCCUCCUGUAGAUGAAUUGAUGAGGUUACGGCCGGAGGUUAUGGGUUUCCGAGCUGGCUGUAGACCCAGUGAUGUCGAGAUGGGAAGGAAACUCAGCUGUAAAAUUGCUUAGCAAUGCUCUCUUCUGUCAAUUUGUUUUCGUUAUCUGUACCAAGAGUCAUCAAAGAAUCAGCUCAGAUCGUCUCCAACCUUUUGGAUUGAAAUGAAGAUUACGACAAGUUUUCCAAUGAAGGCCCGAAGAGGAGCCAGCGAGGCUGGAUGCUCCAAUGGGAUGGAAAAUUCGUUUAACUGGCUCAGCCGUGAGGCACGAGGCUCUGCAUAUAUCAGCUACACUGAGCAGUCUCACAAAGCAGCAUGCUCCUUCGACUUUGGCGAGGAGGGAUAUGCUGCAUCCUGCAAUGAUGGUGGCAAGCUUCUUCAUAUGAGUGCCAAGUCCAAGCAGAGAGGCAUCAUCUUCGCACAAGGAAACUUUGAAUCAACUUUGUACUCCUCUCUUGCUCGAGCUCAGCGAAGCUAUGUAGGACUUUCAACGUUUGGACUCGAGAUUCCAGUAUCGCCGCAGCAAUACGAUCCGGUAAAAAGGACUGGCUCAGCAAUCCGUCUUGGAGAAAUGAUCGAACGUGGCUCGUUCAAUCACCGGUGGCCAUUCAACGAAUAUGCUCUCAUUAGCAACUUCGAUGCAGUUGAAGACGACGAGAGCGAAUGCGAUAUGGACAGUGGUAGUGUGCGCGAAGGCGAGAGCAUCGAAAGCGUGCCUACCAGGACUUAUGUCACGGAACAAGAAGUGGGCACCUGCGCAAUGCUUUCCUUUGUCAAGGACGGCGUACUCUAUCAGAUAUUACGACUCGAGGCCAGUACGAGAUGGGAAGCAGACGAGUUUCCAGUGUUCCCUUACUUUGGGAAUGUCGUUCUUGAGGUAGGAGGUCCGAUGAGAUUUCGGAAUUUCGACCAGUCAUCCAUAGUGAGCAAGAAGAAAAGCACAUCACCCUGUCCCCAUCAAGAGCAUCAUGGCCCAGAAGAGCUUCCUUAUCGAGAGAUCGUCAUCAAUGAGAGCGGUCAAGGAAUAUCGCUGAGCGAUUGUUGGACCGAUCCAGCAUUCGAAUUGGAUAUCCGCGUUACUCGACUUGGACCUUACGACAGUCAAUUUUCGGAUCUUACAUUGCGUCCGACUUCAGACAACGGCAUCGGAUAUUUCCAAGCGGAAGCAGAGCUUAGUUACGAUAAGGGUGUGAACAGAGAUACCUGCACAGGACGCACUGUUACAUUCAUGGCAUCGUUCAGACUGCGAGAAAAGUCCGAAUUACCGGCCUGGCCUGACAUUCCAACGUCGGAUGAGAUAUACAAACACAUAGGCAUCAGCUCAUCGGAGCCUACUGCAGUCGGAGCCAUGUGGGAAACUAUAUUCGCACAGCGAGAAUCAUUGACAGGGAGAAUAUCCGAACUCUCCGAAGAUCGCCUUGUAGCACGGUGUCUCGAGAAGAUAAUACAUGUGGACCUUGUGCCAACUGCCUUUAGGAAGGGCAAGCAGCGAGAGUACCCAGCAGUCUCUAUUGAAAAGAACCUCUUACCGAUUUCAUACAAGGAUCGCCUCGAAGAACAGCUCAUCAAUGGCGUAAAUGAAAGCCUUCAGCGAAGGCUGAGUGUCGUUCCCUUGGCGCUUGUCAGCAACCUUUUUCUUCAGCCUAACGUGGAUCUAAAAGCAAUGUUCUGGAAAGUUCGUUUCCUUGUAAAAGCCUACGAGUUUCUUCAGGACUUUGCGGUCUCACAGUCAAGUGUGCAGUCUCGCACACUUCAGACCCCAAUUGAAGCAACUGUUAGUCGAGUAACUACCCAAGACUUUGGUAGGGACGAAGACCAUGACUUCGAAUUCGUCGAAAAAUAUCUUGCUUAUAUGAAAUAUGCUGCCUACUACCAAUUGCAAAUUAUCCGGAAUCGCAUCGAGCUGGUGGUCGAGUACUUGUUUCAAGCACUCCUCCAACCCAACUCCGAUACUCCUUUGCUACCAGACAACAUGUUAGCUUUUGAGCCGAACUACUAUUAUGCGAUGAUGACAUUAUGUUACGUCUUCAAGAAAACUGAGCGCUUCAAAUUUUCUUGGCCUUCACCAAAGGAUAUAAAAGGCUGGGACAAGAUCAACAGUAUCUUGUACAAGUGUGUACCUGACGACAACGCUAACUUCAAUCCAGCUUUCAAAGACAAGGUAAUGCUACUCAAAUGGUACCACUACGGCUCCAUCAGAGAGCUCUGCAAAGCCGGCCUCAUUCCUAUGUCGUGGAUGGAUGGUGUUGCAAGCAAUACCGUCUACCGCCUCAAAAGAGAUGCUGUUCGAGCUGCCAAAGCAAAACUCUCAUCUCACACACCUUAUGUUGCCGAAGAUGAAAUUCUAGAUAGAUUGGGCUUCCUAGCCUGGCCUCUUGAUCUAGAAGACCGUGUUGAGUCAGAUUACUGUCCAGCAACACUUGCCUCACUCACGGCCAAGCGCAUACGAGAACGUGACUUCACGCGACAAAUCAACCCAGGAACUUCCGCUUCCAACAGCUCAGGUCUGACGUGUGGACCGUGGGAGAUCCAUGCUUUGUGCCACCACAGUCGACUGAUGGUAGCUAAUUAUCUGUACAAGAGGAAUGAUGGGAGAUCGAGUGACGAGAAGAUGCAAGAGGUGGAAAGUUACCGAGAGAGACUUUGCGACUUCAUCACGGCUGAAUCCUCAGUUGUUCCCUGUUGGGAAAGAACUGAUCUGGCUACUCGUCGUGGUUGGCUUCGUUCAGAGGCCACAAGUGUUCUUGGGGCUACUCUCUUGGAAAUAUGUCAGAAGGACUUUGCGUUGUUGCAGGAAGAGAGAAGAUUGCGGGAGGCAAAAGCGGGAAUCAACCCUGUUGACAAAGACGACGAGGAUACAACAGAAAGUUCUAAACAGAAGACAUUUGCACAGUCUUGCGAAGAAGAGAGACUGCCAGGCCUUGAUUGGAAGCAAUACCGCCCUCCAAGUCGGUAUCAUCCAGAAGACUUCUUCAAUUCUCUCGAGGAUACACCAGAGCUCUACCGCUACGCUCGGCUCCACAAAAGGGAGAUUCCUGCUAGUCUUCGAGCGCAUCUGUCUGGUGCAGGAUUACGAGAGAAUGUGAGUAUUGCGGAGGCCUUAAAGCUCUUGAUUGGCCAAAACUUCUCCAAAGAGACUGUCCUGGAUACAAUCUCUCCAAUCGCGAUCUCAAUGAUCGACUUGACUGCUCAAAAGUCAGAACAAUUCGAGUUUGUGAACAGGAAAGCGGCACAUCAAUAUCGGGUUCGUACGGCUGGGAUGGUUCGCCUACAUCUUGGAGAAGUCCGCGAAGAGGGAAUCCGACAAAGCGCGAUCGGUCGCAUGAUAUCAAGAGAAGCAAUUAGAAAGCGGGAGUACGAAAGAGUGACGAGAAGGCUCUCUGACAGCCUCGUUGACAAGGGUGUGCAGCAUCGCCUUUUGAGUAUAGACUCAAGCCACAACAAGGAUCUAGUGGCACACUUCAUAUACGUCUUCCAUCCCGAGUCGGCAGAUGCAUUCACUCAUAACAUCUUCAAAACAUCUCGCUUUUCAUGCAAGAAUCGCGGUGUUUGGGCUACUAAUGUCACAUUAAGAAGCUGGUCGUUUGCCCGCACUGACUGGUCGUUUCCAAAACGGCCUUGCGAAUAUGAACGACCAGUUUUCGGCCCUACCAAGGAGAAGACAGAACAUUGUCCAGAAGAUGAGCCUAUCCAUCUACCAACCCAUCUUCACGAAGCGUUACAUCAGAUCGACUCUGGAAUUCAUAACGCGGAAGAUGGGUCGCCAGGACACAUUCUAUUGAAUGCAUCUUCAAUCGUUCUUUCUACGAAUGAAUUUGGUGACUUCAGCAAAUGCUCCAUCAUAUCCGAAUUGAUCACAGAGGCAACAUUGUUGCAGCUGGAAAAAGAUGUACCCAAGCUCUGGCAGCGAUUUAUCCAUCAACCACAGACUGGCCGCUGUCUGGUAUUUCUUUUACUCUUGGGAAGAUUGUGCCAAGCGAUUGCGGAUGAACACCAAGAAGCCAUCGAUUACCUUACAUCUAUCAUGAACAUUGAAAACUAUUUCCUUAGAGGAGAAAAAGAUUGGCUCAAAGAUGACGAUGCAAUUGGGAAUUUGCAGCUCGCGCUUUGGAUCCUAGAGUCAUUGUACAAGCUUCGCAACACCUUGGAAGGAUCUCUGGUCACGAUCAAUGAGGCAAGAGUCGCUCUUGUUGCUCAAAUACUAGAGGGCCCUGGGAAGCGCAGCCCUGAGCUUGAGAGCUUCUGUCAAUCCUCUAUCGAGUCAUUUGAGCGGAACGUGUGCUUAUUGAGUGCCCUGCACAUCAAAAUCAAGAGAAAGACGGAACUUGGUGGUCGAUAUCGAGACUCGCUAUCUAUAGUUCUCUCCUUGAACGACAGUCGAAACUCUCUCAAACAGAGUAUGACCUCUCUUAAACAGAGUACCACUAUUCAAAAGUUGACCUACUUGACCAUUGCCUACCUUCCAGUGGGAUUGACCGCAGCCAUAUUUGCUAUUCCAGACGAGCAAAAGGUUGUGGUGCCCGCGAUGGGAAGGGAUUGGUUCGUGGGUAUCAUUUUGAUUCUAUUCGUCCUCACUUUCACAACAGCAGUUCUUAUGGGUAAGGUGCUGGAACUAUUGGACUGGAUCAGAAAUUCACUCUGGAUGGCUUGGCAUUUUGUAUCCAAACGCCCACCACCGGCUGCUAAUAUCCCGAGAUGGAAUUACGCUCAAAGUCUCAGACCGCCUUGGAAAUCUAAAAAUGAAGAUGAGAAGACAGGCAAGAACAGGCCAGGCUCCAAGAAUGACAGUCUGGAAGGACUCAACCCGAUCGAAAGUUCCACCAAGUCAUCCCUUGCAAGAACCCUGACUCAUUCACUGACCCGUCGGGUAUCCCAUCUGGACGAUGUAGAAGCUGGAAAGGUGCCGCCGAAGAAGCCAUGAUCUUCUCUAGAGUAAUUACUCCGACACUAUGGGUCUUGAAUCAGGACUCCAUGUAACUUUAGAACUGGAUGCGCAAUUGUUGGAAUACAAUGUUAGGAUCUCAUCUUACUUCGCCUCUUGAAUACUUCCAGUAUGCAUCUCAGAUGAAGAAAAGAUUGUUGAAAUCUUCAAUCAAGUUUGAUAUUAUGGAUCUGACCCUCCGCACCUUCGUCUAGAAAGCAACGCUGUGUGCGUUAGAUCGACGAUUGCACGUGACUUUCAAGCGAGCGUUUGUUGACUUCAUUUUCUGUGGCCACAUCUAGAUCAGCACAGCAUACAAUCAAGUUUUGUUC